UCGCGAGGAGGGGCUUCCUCAUCGAUGGUCAGGAAGGCGGGACGGAAGAUGGAGCUGCGGCGGCGCCGACUAGGUGCGGGAGGAGGCGGGGAGAGGAAGGAUUGUGUUGCCAAUGUUGCAGCCACCCCUAAUGCGACGCCGCAGCUGCAAUAGAGGACGAGAUUGCGGGUCGAGGUGUCCAUUCGGUCGUGGCUGUGGUCAGGGUGAGGCUCAUUGGCGUUUGGUGGGGUUCUUGAAGCUGCGGGUCCGCAUUCAUCACGGAAAAGCAAUAAUCCGACAAGCAUAACAACGGCUCUCCCCGCUGGCCGACCAUCCCCACACAAAACUCAAUCAGAACUCGCUAUGAACCGUCUCGCCAUCGUACCACGCUCUCUGCUCCGAACAGGUCUUCGGAGGCUCGCCGUCACUCCCUCCAGGCCCCACCUCGUCCUGCCGCUCCUCACCCGCGCAGCCUUCAGCACUACUCCCAUUCCGGCGGCCAAAAAGAAAGCCUCUCGCGAAGCGGCCGUCGCCUCCGCCGCAGAAGAUGCGCCCACCGCGGAAGUUAUCGACUUCGAUGCGCAAUUCGACAAACUCGAGAGCGACAUCGCGCGCAUCGCCGACCGGCUGAAAGACGACCUCAGCAAGCUGCGUGCUGGCCGUGCCGACCCAAGUAUCCUCGAGGGGCUGGACGUAGUGGUCGAUAAGGCCCAGGGAGAUGCCGUCCCGCUGAGGGAUGUGGCUCAUGUGGUCACCAAGGGGAGGGGGCUGGCCGUGACGGUGUAUGAAGCGGCGAAUGUCAAACGCGUCGUCUCUGCCAUCCAAAUCGCGGAUCUGAAUCUGCAGCCAGUGGUGGAUGCGAAAAACCCCCAGCUGGUGAAUGUACCGCUUCCUCCGCCGACGAGGGACAGCAGGGAUGCUAUGGUUAAGCAGUCGAAGGAUGUUGGACACAAGGCCCUAGAUGCGCUGAAGAAUGCGAGGCUGGCCACGCAUAAGAAGAUCCAGGCGACUAAGAAGACGGUCCGUCCGGAUGACCUGAAGAAGGCGGAUAAGAAGAUGGAGGAUAUUGUCAAGAAGAGGAAGGCAGAGCUGGAGGCAGUUAUUGCGGCGGCGCAGAAGGGGAUUAUGGAGGCUUAAGGGAUGAGGGAUGAAUUGAGUGCUUGUGAAGGACAUGUAGAUAUCAACGUCGAGAUCUACUGUUCCCGCAACCCAGA